AUGGUUUCCCUGACUCGGCGUUGCAAUCUCUCAUGCGCUCGUGUGGUCUCGUGUUGCAGGACGGAAGUGGAGCCCGUUUCGUCGAAACCGGGCACGAAUCGCCCCGACACGUGCACUGAUCUCCGUGUACCCGUUAAAUGCAGACCCGACCAGGCCAUAGGAUGCGUCAAAUGUCCGCAACCGGAAACGGCGGAUCCUCCGGCGACGUGGAGGAACUUCCCUCUUCCGGAGAACCUGGGAGAAUGCUCGCACCGCUCCACAAGGACCCCGACGUCCUUAAGGUCCAGAAGUCCAGUCCUGAGUCCGGAGACGUUGAAUGCCCUGGAAAACGCGGAAAGACUCGUUAAGGAUGCCCAGAAAAAAAUCGAGGAAGUCAGUCUAGGAGCGAUAUCGACUCCGGAUGAUAAAAGUGCCAGCGGGCAUGCCGUACACUCGAUUCCGGACGACACUUUGCUGCACGUGCGGGAAAUCGUCGAGAGUAAGCUGCGAGGGGAGAAAAAUCCGAAAAGCGAAGACCCCGCGUCUCGGGAUUACACCUCUGCGGAUUCGCGAAAUCCGGAUCAGCUGACCAGGCUCAGGGCGAGCGAGCGGCCGGGGAAUUCGAGGCAGAAUUCCGAGACGGGUGUGAAUAGAAUUUCGGAGGGAAAUUCUGGACCCAAGGGACGACCGUACGCGACCAUCGGCUCGACACCUUGCGGAUACAAAAAGGACCCGAAGUGGAUAUCCAGAGGGAAUUGA